ACAUAGUGCGUCUAGAUUAGGUCACGUGACUCAGUGCGCAUGCGCAGAGCUGUUGGCGGCGGUUGUCUGAGUGAUUUGAGUUUUGUGUUGAAUGUUUAGUGGACGUGUAUGUACAGAUUCUUCUGAUCACUUUUACUUUAAUUUACUCUCACUUUCACUUUCUGUUCGUGAUCUGCACUGGAUUCAUCUGAGUGCUAUGAGUGCAGCGUGUGAGGAUGGCGUCUGAAGACGGUCUGAUGUCUCCCGAGUCGAGUGUGACGUCGCUGCUGGCCUCUUCCGGACCCCUGCAGAGCUCCUUACACCCGGAGCCCGUCCCCUUCAUCAAAUACAGAGACCGACACUACAUCUCUGCGUCUGAGGCGCUGGACGCUUACAUCACUGACUUCCAGAGGAGUCUACGAGACGCUGAGACCACGACCGGGAAACUAGAGCUGCCCAAAGAGAGGACAAAACCUCGUCCCAGAAACAGAGACGUGCUGAAGACGAGUUUGACGGAUGAAGAGCUGGUCUUCCUGAACAUUCCCGUCCGGAACAGAGACUCGGACCGGCUCAGUAUGACCACUGAUGACCUCCUGGCUCUCCCGAAUGACGGCUCUCUCCCCGUGACCCGCACCUCGGCCCUCCUCUCCCGCUCUGGGAGCUUUCCGAUGGGAUUGAGCUUCAACUCCAGCUCCCGGUCACACUCCCGGUCAAGUAUGUCCCAUAAACACUCCGUACAGAGUCCAGUUACAGCAGCGAGCAGGAAACCCCGUCCUGUGGAUGAUUUACUGAUGGACAGUUUGCGGUCACACCGUCAAGCUCCUCCCCCUGACAUCCCACCAGCCAAUCGGACGCUUCCACCCAGAUCCAGGCAUCUCCCGCGCUGGAUGACCAGCCAGAAAUCUGAAAUGGAUUUUUCGGGGAUGUCCAGCGUUCCUGAGCUGAAGUAUCCGGAGUGGCUGAGACAGUGUGAAGGAUCAGACGGCCAGCAGAGCGACCGUCCUCUUCCUCACAGAGUCCCUCAUGGGUGGGAGAACUGGAAGAGUCCAGUGGAGAUGCUGGAGGUCAGCGAGGGGUCAAAGGUCAUGCAGGAGAGCCGUAUGGAUCCCAGUCCAUCGGUCAGAGCAGUCUGA